AUGGCGUCCGGACGCGGCUUCCUGGGCCUCGUAGCCUGCCUCUUGCUGCUUCAGUCAAAGCUCUGGGAGGCCUGGGCCGCUGCCUCUGUCCUCUCCACUUCCGGUUUGCCCUCUGGGCACAGCGAAGCCCCAAGGGACAACCCCCCGCCACCCCCCACCUUGGAGAGCAUGUCCAUGGUGGCCUAUCAGGGUGGCUCCUCUCCCUUCGUGUCGAUUACCUUAGUGUGUGGCCAACCCCUCAUGAAAAUCUUGGGAGGACAGGAAAGUGAAGAGGGAAAGUGGCCCUGGCAGGUGAGCGUUCGGAUCAGACACAUGCAUAUCUGCGGAGGCUCCCUCAUCAGUGCCCAGUGGGUGCUGACUGCGGCCCAUUGUAUUUUCAGCCAAAUCCAGUACAAUGUCAAGAUGGGUGAUCGGAGUGUCUAUCGCCAAAAUACAAGUGUGGUGAUCCCUAUCAAGAACAUCAUUGUCCACCCUAAGUUCUCCACAGCCAUUGUCAUUGAAAACGAUAUUGCCCUUCUCAAGCUCCAAUACCCUGUGAAUUUUACCUCUAACAUCCACCCUAUCUGCCUCCCGUCAGAGACUUUUUAUGUGAAAACUGGGACCAGCUGCUGGGUGACGGGAUGGGGCAGAACAGAUGUAGGUGCACCAAAAAUUCCAACGGCAAUUCUCCGGGAGGUGGAGCAAAAUAUCAUCCAUUAUCAUGACUGUAAUGCUAUGCUGAAGAAGGGUGUAGGAACGUCUAAGGAAAUGGUGAAAAGCGGCAUGAUCUGUGGCUAUAAAGAAGGAAGAAAGGAUUCUUGCCAGGGGGAUUCUGGAGGCCCUUUGUCCUGUCAGUUUAACGACAAGUGGGUGCAGGUGGGGAUCGUGAGCUGGGGCAUCAGCUGUGGUCGCAAAAACUUCCCUGGAGUUUACACAGACGUUGGCGCUUACAGCAAGUGGCUAGUUGCAGUGGUGAACCAGGCUACUUGUUUCCAGCCCGUGGCCUUCCUCAUCUUACCGCUGCGCCUGCUGCUCUUGUGA